AUGAAUUUGCAAAGUUUCCUGGAGAGCAGCACGGGGGAGGUCGCCGCCUGGGUGUCAAAUCUGGCCGCCCGUGCAGUCGCCACCGUCAUUUCGCUGAACCCCAAGGCAGAGGAGCUGGACAGGGAGAUGGAAGAGCUGAGGGCCAUUAGCAAUGAUGUUUCGGAGGAGAUUAGAACCGGCGAGCUUGAGAACAAGAGGCCGACCCACCAGACGCAGACUUGGCUCAGUCUAGUGGGGAAGAUCGAGGCCAGGGUGGACAAAUUCCGGCUUUCCUUACAGCAGAGGGGGGCCUCCUCUGAGGGCUCUUCUUUGCGAUCCUCCUAUCAGCUCGCUUGUGAAGCUGCCGAGUGCCUGAAAGAAGUCCAGAGGCUGAAGACCCAGAAGAGCGAUCUCCUCCCCCUACUCAUCCAGGCUCCCCCACCCGCGGUGGUUGAGCUGCCAAGCUCUUCACUAUACGACAACGUGGGCGCGGAGGAGACGUUGUCGGAGAUCCGCAGCCUCGUGGAGGGCGAUGAAGCGCCAGUCAUCGGGAUCUACGGCAUGGGGGGAAUAGGGAAGACGACCCUAUUGAAGGCGAUCAACAACGAGUUCCUCCACAGGGGAUCCAGUCAAUUCGAUCUGGUGAUUUGGGUCACCGUCUCCAAGGAACUUGAUGUCCAUAAGGUUCAAGAGGAAAUCGCCGUCCGGUUGGGCUACUCUCGCCCCGGAAAAGGCCAGGGAAAGACCCUCACAGAGCAUCCAACCGACAGGGUCAAUACCCUGCGGAGGGCCCUCUCCCAGAGGAAGUUCCUUCUGCUGCUGGACGACCUGUGGGAGAAACUAGACCUCGGCGCUGUAGGUGUCCCCUUCUCCUCCUCUUCCGACAGGAACGGAAGCAAGAUAGUCUUUACCACACGCUUAGUGGAAGUGUGCAACAGGAUGGACGCUGAGUGGAAAGUUCAGGUGCCCCUCUUGGAUCAAGCACGCUCUUGGGAGCUCUUCUGCCAAAAGCUGGGAAGGGGAGAAGACCAGUGGGAUCCCUCCGUGAGAUCUCAGGCAGAAGACGUUUGUAAAAAGUGUGGAGGCCUGCCGAUCACUCUCAUCACCGUAGGCCGGGCCAUGGCGGGUGCCACCACCCUUGGCGAGUGGAAAGAUGCUCUCAAGGACCUGGAAGGCAUACCCCCGGGUCUCGGAGACAUGGAAAAGAAGGUUCUAGAGAGUCUCAAGUUCAGUUUCGACAGAUUGGAAGAUAAAUCCGCUAGGGAGUGCCUUCUCUACUUUCGCCCUCUUCCCAGAGGAUGA